CAACAAUCCCACAGCAAACAUCAAACAAUGUACGGCAACGUAGGUCUUGCGACCGCUCGAGGAAGUGGUACAAACGGUUAUGUCACCCGUAACACUGCUCAUCUCCGUAUCCGAGAAGGUCCACCCGGCGGCCAGCCAUAUGGUUCCGGCUAUGACGCGCUGCUCGAAUCUGUAUCCAAACCGCCUAUCCACCGUGCACCUGACCAAGGUAUUUUGGAACAUGAACGCAAGCGACGUGUUGAAGUCAAGGUCAUGGAGCUUCGAGAUGAAUUGGAAGAAAAGGGCAUGGAGGAGGACGAUAUCGAAGAGGAAUGCUCUAAAUUGAGGCAAAAGUUGACGGCUCAGCCUGAGCAGCUUGGGGGCCGAGGACUGGAUACACAUUCUCUCGCGGCGGCCAAGGAAAUUGAAAUGAGUAGAUUACAGAGGGCGUUGGGCGUAUCGGUUAAUCACGAAGAAGGUCGGGCUUUCAAGAGAGAGACUGAAGAGGAAAAGGCAGCCAGAUUAGCAAAGAGGGAAGAAAGGGAGAGAGAGAGGAUUGAGGCUGCCAUAACUCGAGAGAGAGAGAAUGAGAAGAGGAAACAAGAGUGGGAGGAGAAGGAGAGGUUGAGAAGAAGAGAAGAGUAUAAGAGGAGAAGGAGAGAUUGAGAAGACGGGAAAGUACCGGAGGUUAGUUCUGUGAACAAACUCUACGUAAUCACCAUUACUGUGCUCUGCAUCCAAUAAAAUUGCAUAUACAGCCUCAAGGAUGUCAGAUUGAGACAGUCGAACCCUUUGGGUCCUGGUAAACGCCCGAGUUGCAGUGUGAACAGAACUGUAAUCGCCAACGACAAAAGAAGGACAAUUUGUAUGUUUUGGGCCUAGCAACAUUUUGCAUUCAAUGUAAGGACUGGACAGAAAG